GAAGGACCAUGAACACGGGUGAGUCACGAUAAACAACAUUGUGAAAAUGUAUCAUGGAGUGAAUUUUGGACAAAAUGGAUAAUUCUCUACAUUGGUUUCGAAAAGGACUAAGACUACAUGAUAACCAAGCGCUUCGAGAAUCUAUUCGAGGGAGUAAAACCUUCCGGGCCAUCUUCUUUUUAGACAAAUCGACUGUCAAAAGCGCUAGUGUGUCGGUGAAUCGAUGGCGAUUUUUGUUGGAAUGCCUUCACGAUUUAGAUAAAAGAUUACGGGAUCUAGGUUCUAGACUUUUUAUCGUCGAAGGACAACCCAUCGAUGUUUUGCCUAAACUCAUACAACAGUGGAACAUAACGAAAUUAACUUUUGAAUAYGACAGCGAACCCUUCCCCAGAAGUCGUGACAUAGCUGUGACAAGGAGAGCCCAACAAGCCGGAGUUAAAGUAAUAACUAAAACAUCACAUACUCUUUACGACAUUUCAAAGCUUCAGGAUAGUGAUCGAGAGCUGCCAAUCACAUUCAAGCAGUUUUGUGCAUUAUUCAARAAGGCCAACCCACCGCAAGAAUGUGUUGAAACUGUAGACAAGGAAUUUUUCGGUUCUUGCGUUACCCCCCUGGAAGAGCAUGAAAUUGAUGAUUAUGCAAUUCCYUCUUACGAGGAACUUGGUAUUUCGUUUGCCAAUGGCUCACAAGUGUGGAAGGGUGGUGAAACAGAAGCUUURCUGCAACUGGAUAACUUGCUGAAUGAGAUUUCAGCAGAUGGUAAGAGCUGUGAUAAGGACUCUCCAUUUCCAAAGUGUACAAAGUUGAGUCCAUAUAUGCGGUUUGGAUGUAUAUCACCUCGACUUAUCUUCCACGAGAUGACACGAAUCUGUAAAGUGGCAAGUGAUCCUUUACAGUGCAUUGGUAUUCAAAAAGGCUUGCUAUGGAGAGAAUUCUUCUUUGUUAUGUCCAGUAAAAACCCACACCUUGACAAAAUGUGUGAUAACUGUGUUUGUUUGCCUAUUCCAUGGGAACAAGAUCCUAAUGCCUUGCAAAGAUGGAGAGAGGGUAAGACUGGUUUCCCAUGGAUUGAUGCAAUUAUGAGACAACUAAGGCAAGAAGGUUGGAUUCAUCACAUAGCACGCCAGGCAGUGGGCUGUUUUCUGACAAGAGGCUGUCUUUGGAUAAGCUGGGAAGAAGGAUUCAAGACAUUUGAAGAGCUUCAACUUGAUGCUGAAUGGAGUUUGAAUGCUGGUGGUUGGUUGUCCUUGUCAUGCAGUGCAUUUUUUAACAGUACACCUUCACCUUGGUAUUGUCCUGUAAACUUUGGAAAACGAAUUGACCCUACAGGGAACUACAUCAGAAAAUAUGUACCCGAACUGAAGCAUCUUCCAACAGAGUAUGUUUUUGAGCCAUGGCUUGCUCCCAGCGAUCUCCAAAGGAAAGCAGGGUGCRUUGUUGGGGAGGAUUACCCUACAUAUAUCAUAAAUUCUGAGCAAGCAAGAAAAAUCUGCUCUUCAAGAAUGAGGGAAGUUUUCACUGGUCUUGUCAACAAAGUUUCCAAUGCACCUGGACUUGGACACAAUGUGAUCCACUGGUUCAGAAAAGAUCUUCGCCUUCAUGACAAUCCUGCUCUUCUUGAGGCCUUGCAAGACUGUCGUUCUUUCUACGCUGUUUACAUUUUUGACCCUGUUAAUAUCAAAGCUGCCAAAGUCUCACCAAACAGAUGGAAUUUCCUUCUUCAGUGUCUUGUUGAUUUGGAUAACACCCUGAAGAAAUGUGGCACAAGACUUCACGUUCUCCGUGGACAGCCUACAACGCUACUUCCUCAAUUAUUCCAAGAGUGGAACAUAUCAAAACUGACUCUUGAAAGUGAGUGUGAACCUUUUGGGCAACAGCGAGAUGAAGCCAUUGCAUCUCUUGCUGAGGAGUUUGGAGUUGAAAUGUGUCUAAAAUCUUCGCACACUCUUUACGAUAUUGACAAGAUUGUUGAAAUAAAUGACAAUAAGUGCCCCACUUUGUUCAAGCACUUUGAAAGCAUCAUUCGCAAGCUUGGACCACCAGACAACCCCGUGGCUUCUAUAGAUAGGAAGUCUUUCAGUACCUGCAUUUGUCCAGUAACCAGUACACAUGAUGAAAGAUAUGGAGUGCCUUCACUUAGUGAAUUGAGUAUUAGUGAAGAUCAAGUGACAUGUGGUGAUUUGUGGGUUGGAGGUGAAUCAGAAGCUCUUAGGAGACUAACAGAACUUGAACACAAGAUCUUGAUACCAAGCAGUCGCAAGUCAUCUGAAGAAACGUCUUGUGUAUUGCUGCCAUCUCGGACACAACUCAGUCCGUACUUGAGGUUUGGAUGUGUAUCACCUAAAGUUUACUACAAAAGACUUACAACRGCUUACAUAAAAAUGAACUGCAAGCCUCCACCAAUGUCUCUGUAUUGUCAACUGGUCUGGAGAGAUUUCUUUUUUACUUUGGCCAGUAGAAAUCCGAAUAUGGACUCAAUGAAGCAAAAUCCUCUUUGUAUUCAAAUUGAUUGGGAAAACAAUGAUAGAAUGCUUCAUUGCUGGAGAGAGGGUAAGACUGGUUUCCCUUGGAUUGAUGCAAUUAUGAGACAACUAAGGCAAGAAGGUUGGAUUCAUCACAUAGCACGCCAGGCAGUGGGCUGUUUUCUGACAAGAGGCUGUCUUUGGAUAAGCUGGGAAGAAGGAUUCAAGGUUUUUGAGGAGCUGCAGCUUGAUGCAGAAUGGAGUGUAAAUGCAGGGAAUUGGCUGUGGUUGUCAUGUAGUGCRUUCUUUCACAGUCAGAUCCCGUGGUUUUGUCCUGUCACUGUCGGCCAGAAAAUAGAUCCMUCUGGAAACUACAUCAGGAAAUAUGUUCCUGAGUUGAGAACUAUGCCAACUAAAUACAUAUUCCACCCUUGGAUGGCUCCAGAGGGAAUCCAGAGAGGUGCAAAAUGUAUCAUUGGCCAAGAUUAUCCAAAGCCAAUAGCUGAUCAUGUGGAGAGAAGAAAACUUUGCCUUGAACGCCUGAAAGAAAUCUGUAACCACAUCGAAACAACGACGAUAUCAACUUUAGCAACCUGUGKAUAAGAUAUAUAAUGACAUAAUUURUCUGAUUGUCUUAUAUGCAGUGUAUUAUUGAGUCUACAACUGCAAUUUGUGUGGAUGUGACACAGGCUAUGUAUUGUAUAUAUUAGAUUUUUGUUGUAUAGAUUGAAUUGUACAUAGUUAUAUAGAAUCUGAAAAAUAUUUCUGUAAAUUAUAGAAUAUCGUUUCUGGUAUAUUAUCAUAAACUAACCACACCCUUUCUCCAUCGUUUAAUGUAGGUUCUGAAGCUUAAUUUCACAACAUACGUCAGUUUCUUAAUUUUUCCAGUCGUACACAUAUCAAUGUAUGAAAUUUUACACACAAAUGAGCCAAUUUAUAUUUAAAGACCUGUAUUUAUUAGCUUCAGUUUUAUCAACCUUUCCAAUGCUUGGCGAACACUUUGAUCACUUCUCAUUACCUUACCAACAACACCAAGAUGGAAUUUUGAGAACUAUAAUAUUUUAUGUAUAAUAUUUGUUGUAUAAAUAGAACKAAAUAGAUUACUCAAAAAAAUUAAAUCGAAUUCAUAAUUUUUUUUUCAAAAUGUCUUAAAUUGAAACAAUGAAAAAAGGGUUUGGUUAGUUUAUAAACAAGUUCAAAUGCUUGUUCAACCAGCAGUCUUUGGCCUGAAUUUCCAUGCAGACCUUUAUCCUUUAGUAACAUUUGAAGUAUAGCUCUUGUUGAUGAAAUUAUUGACUGUUGGGUUGAUUUAUGGUUAGCAAUAUUACCAGAGUUAUUUAAUUUCAUACCGUCCUUUGAAGCACACAGACACAUGUCCAUUUUUGUAGUGCAAAAUCCUAUUCUAAUACUCAAGAAUGUCAGUUGGCAACUUUUUUUGGUUUUAAUAUUWAAAUGAACACACUAUACUUAAGACAUGAAAUUGUGCAAGUCCAGCACAUGUCAAUUAAUUUUGUAGAAAUUCUGCAACUAAAGUGGAGCAUCAUUUAAUUGACCAUUGAAUACCAUUUACUUGCACAAAAAAAUAUAAUAGUGCACUUAAUACAUGAAAUUAUACUAAAAAACCUCUUGGAACUAUUAUUUUUGAACAAGAGUAAAUGGUUUUCAUAAAGAAUAGUGGCUGUGCCACUUCAGGUUAAAUGGGYUCACUCUACUAACAAAUUAGACUUAUAUUUGUGAACCCUUAGUAAAGUACAAUUUUACUAAUUAAUACAUUUUCAGUCUGUGCAUUCACUGAAGUUGCAGAAUCCAUUAUAAGUCUUAUUUCUCAUCACUGUUUCUACURAUCAAAAUGCUACAAAAAUAUACUAGAUGUCAAGAACCAAGUCAUCAUGUUUAUGAGUAAAAUUUCAGUAAUAUUUUUGAAGGCCAAUGUGUUUUAUGUUAAAUUUGAAGGGAGAUUUUCCAAACAGGCUUGUAGGGUGGCAAUUAUCAACAAUGGUUAGCAUUUCAAUCCUGUUUUCUUAGUUUUUAAUAAAUCUUCUGAUGACCGUCGUGGUAAUGGAAGAAAAUKUUACGGAAUAAAAAUAUUUUGUAAAUAAUAUUAUACUGAAAGAAAUAAAGAAGUAUGCACAAUAACAA